AAAGACGGGAAAACCCAGUUUUUAUGCAUUUGUUUUUACUUCAAACAUGGAGGCUACAGAGAUUUAGGACGCAUUUCAGCUUCCCGAGAGUGUCUGCCGUCAGUUUUUUUUUUUUUUUUCAUUUCUUUUUUUCUGGGUUUGUGUGUAACAUAGACUCCUAUAGACGCGGUCACAGUAAAGCCUUUGUGAGAUUUUGAGCCUCAAAAGUUUGAUAAUCACGGCGGUCUCUGCCUUAUUUUAAUCUCUUGAUUCAGUAAUGUUGAGAAAGAGAUCAAGAGCAGCGACCAGCAAGCAAAGUUUAAUGGCGGAUCAUCACAGUUUUCAACCAUCAUCAAACUCCCAAAACAACAAAAGACCGAUCUCUUUCUUAUUUUCUCCACGAUUCCGAGCUUUUACAACAAAGGGUCUCGCUGACACUGAGGUUGUGAUAAGUCCAACUUCAAUCCUCGACACAAAACCAUUCUCUCCUUUCGGAAAUCUCUUCUCCGAUGACAUAUUAAAGACCCCAAAACUUCUCGCUGAUCAGAACAAAUAUUAUUCCAGGGAAAGUUUAGACUCUAAAUCCAUUGGUUUAGGUCUUAUUGACGUAUUAACUGACAGUAAAACCAUUGAAGAGAAUCCUUCUUCCAAGCCAAAUUACAAAAAAGUUUUCUUUGGAAACAAAAUCAGAGUUCAAGUUCCUCCAUUGCCUGUUUCUAAUCUUUCUCCGUCUCCGUCUACGAAAUCUCCAACUGAGUUUGGGAUUAAGUCUCCAGCCAAUAAUUCUACUGUCAAAACGAACGAUAUUUCUCCAGGAGUUUUCACAGGGUGUAUUUCUGUGACUGAAAUGGAGCUUUCUGAAGAUUAUACGUGCGUGAUAUCUCGUGGAGCAAAUCCGAAAACCACUCACAUAUUUGACAACUGCAUUAUUGAGAGCUACUGUUCUUCAUCCGAAAAACCCAACUCCCCACUGGGGAAUAAAAAUAAUAAUAUUAAUAUUAAUAAUAACUUCCUCAGCUUUUGCCAUACUUGCAAGAAGAAUCUUGAACAGAAAAACGACAUUUACAUCUACAGGGGUGAAAAAGCUUUUUGCAGUCAAGAAUGCCGCUACCAAGAAAUACUGCUCGAUGAAUUGGAGAAUUAACCAAAAAAAUUUCCAUGAAUCUGAUUGUAGAGGGACAACAAAAUUAAAUUUUUUUUUUUUUUUUUCUCAAAAUAAUAGAAGAGAGAUAAUGUAAACUUGAUUGCUUCUUUCUAGGGUUUAUUGAUAUCCAAAGCUUUCGUUUUUGGGUUGCAGUAGAAGAUGAAGAAGAUGAUGUAUGAUUGAAAACUUUGCCUUAUCUUUUAUUAUUUAAUGAUUAUUGUUGAUGGGACCAAUUAUUAUUUGAGUCAUGAAGAUUCUUUUCUUCC